AUAACACUUUCUUGACCGCCUCGCUCGCACCCAACCGUCGGUGCCACUCAUUCUCCUUCCGAGUCGAGAUUGAGCAACGCCUGGAACCAUGGACGCCCAGAGUUUUCGGGAAUUUGGAAAGGCAGCCAUUGACUACAUGGCCGACUACUUGGAAAAUAUCAGAGACAAACAAGUGCUGCCCAAUGUGGAGCCGGGCUACAUGCGAAAACUGCUUCCCGAGGAGGCGCCCGAGGAGCCAGAGGAUUGGCGAGAGGUGCUGAAGGAUAUGGACAGAGCAAUCAUGCCCGGGCUGACACACUGGCAUUCGCCGCACUUCCACGCGUUCUACCCGACGGCCAACAGCUACCCUGGCAUCGUCGGCGAGAUGAUGAGCGCCGGCCUCGGCACUAUCGGCUUCACCUGGAUGUCGUCUCCGGCGAGCACCGAAUUAGAGGUCAUCACCCUUGACUGGUUGGGCAAAAUGAUCGGACUUCCGCCACAGUUCCUUUCUUGCUCCCCCGGGUACGGCGGUGGUGUUUUGCAGGGAUCCGCGAGCGAAGCGACAUUGCUUUGUUUGUUGGUGGCUCGCGAAAGAUACGUCCAACGGCUGCACGAGAAAAACCCAAGCCUCACAGAGCAAGAGCUGCGGGCGACUAAAGCCAAACUGGUUGCCUACGCCUCAGACCAAUCGAACAGCUCGGUGGAAAAGGCGGGCAUCCUGGGCUCAGUUCCGAUGCGCUUAAUCCGCGCCGACGAGAAAUUCCAAAUGAGCGGCUCCAACCUGCGCGCGGCCAUCGAAGCUGACCUGAAGGAAGGUCUUAUUCCGUGCAUCGUCAUUUCGACUCUGGGCACGACGCCGACCUGCGCCAACGACCCUUUGCGUGAAAUUGCUGCAGUUUGCAGUGAGUUUGGCAUUUGGCUUCACGUCGAUGCAGCUUACUCAGGUGCCGCCUUGAUUUGCCCCGAGUACAGGUACAUUUGCGAGGGAAUCGAGCUGGCCGACUCGUUCAACUUCAACCCACACAAGUGGAUGCUCGUCAAUUUCGACUGCUCGGCGCUUUGGGUGAAAGAUUCGAGGGAGCUGGUGGCUGCGAUGAGUGUUGAUAGGGCUUACCUGGUGCACACGCAGCAGGACGCUGGCAUGCCGGAUUACAGGAAUUGGCAAAUUCCGCUUGGAAGGCGCUUUCGGGCGUUGAAACUGUGGUUCGUUUUGCGCAUUUACGGCGUCAAGAAGCUGCAGGAGUACAUCAGGGCGCAAUGCAAACUGGCGACUGACUUCGAAAUGCUGCUCAGAGGCGACGACCGCUUCGAGAUUUUCACUCCGGCGCAUAUGGGACUCGUCACUUUCAGACUCAAGGGUCCAAAUGAAAACACAAACAAGCUGAUGGCGAACCUGCAAAAGAGCAAGAAAAUUUACGUUGUGGGAGCCGAGGUGGGGGGCAAGGCAAUGAUUCGCUUUGCCAUCUGCAGCAGAUUCACCACCUUCUCUGACAUCGAGUACGCUUGGAACGAAAUGGUCAGCCAGACUGACAAGGUGUUCCUGACCUCGCCAGAAAACGCCACAAAUGGCCAUUUUUAAUUAAUUAGGUAUACGGCGGCGUAGCAAAAAAUGGCAUCAUGGAUUAAUGAUUUCCAUAAUAAAGGAUUUUAUAAACGGAAAUAACUAAGUAAGAAUAUUUUAAAAA